UCAUUAUACGCAGAGUUUCUGCCGAAGCUUGGUCGUAUGUCGGUCGUCAUUCAUCUCCCUACCCCGUCCACCCACUGCACAAAGGUUCUUGUUUCCGCCGACGCAUCGCGACUCUUGGUUUAUCAUGAGCGCGUCACCACCGAGCUGGUUCUUCCUGUUAAGUCACGCCUGGCAGGCGAGCACCUUCCUCAGGUGAUACCCCCUGGUCUGGAUAAGAUGAGCUGGCGAUUGGUACCCCGACAGGAUGAGCUCACUGGCAGUGCCGUGGAGAACAUUGUGCCCUGGUCCGCAGCCAAUCUCCACCCCAACGUGGACGUUGUCUGUCGCGAAUGUGCGGCUCUCAUCGUGUCCAAGGGCGACCUGAGGCAGUGGAAAGACCUUCCCAGCGAAAACUGGGCAGAGAUGAUGGAGUUUUGGCAUUGUCAUAAGCCAACUACUCACGCUCAUGGCGAGACGGACGGGGCAAGCGGCCAGGACGGACAGGACGAGAAGAAGGCUUCGGAGAGUGCACUCGCCUCGCGCGGCUAUGGUGCAAACUCUGCCAUCGUUGCGCAGGAAGGCGUCGGCUUUGUGGACUUGAUGAGAAUGUGGUUCUACGAGGAUCAUUGUCGGGCACUC